GCUGACGCCUGGAACUUGACCCGGUACACGCAGCCCGGGCAGGAUUUUCUAGGCUGCUCUCGGCUAGGCCCGGCCUUAACCGUCGACUGCGUUCCUACACCCGCAUCCCUCUAACAUUUCUUUUCUGCGGCAAACAAUUUACAGUACUUGUGGACCAUUAGGUACUGUGAUCACCGAGGGGCAUAGAAGGCCAAUCUACGCGCAACACAUAUCGGAGGGCUCGAUAUGGGUGUCCAAAAGAAGACUCGCAAGUUUGCGCAAGUGAAAAGGAUUAUCGGCCAACGAGACGCUCGCCUCAAGAAGAAUCAAGAGACGGCCAAAGCGGCGGAGAAGAAGAACAAGAACGACGACGAGGUGAUCAGAGAAGUCCCUCAAGUCUCAUCGGCUCUCUUCUUUCAAUACAACACCGCCUUAGUUCCUCCCUACCAGGUCCUUGUCGAUACAAAUUUCCUGUCCCAUACAGUGCAGAAGAAACUCGAUAUGUUACCGACAAUGAUGGAUUGUCUCUACGCGAAAUGCACCCCUAUUAUCACAGACUGUGUCAUGGCCGAACUUGAAAAGCUGGGGCCGAAGUACAGAAUAGCCUUGCGCAUCGCCCGGGACGAACGUUGGGAGCGACUGAAGUGCGGCCACAAGGGCACCUACGCCGAUGAUUGUAUCGUGGACAGGGUCGCCCGGCAUAAGAUUUAUAUUGUGGCAACCAACGAUCGAGACCUCAAGCGCAGAAUACGCAAGAUACCGGGUGUGCCCAUUAUGAGCGUGGCCAGAGGGAAAUAUGUGAUCGAAAGACUACCAGACGCCCCUGAAAAAUAAUGACAAAAGAAUCAAGAUCAAUGUCCUUGAUCAAUUCCAACAAAUUAUGGCCUUGCAAGCAGUGUAUGCGGUGGCUCGGCCAAGAUUCAUCAUCUUGUCGGUGGUGACGCUCUGAACCUCCACACGGUCCACAACGACUCAAUCCCCCAAGCAACAAUUGCCAGUGACACGGCGCUUAACGCGCAAAGGGCGACAAUCACUUUCCGGCGCAUUUGGAAGGCCUCGUCCAUUUCUCGCUUGGCUAGCUUGCGCUGGUGGGAAUGAUAAUACCCAUCCUUGCUAGGAGACCGGCCGAAGAUGCUGGCGUAUGUCUGGCGGUCGAUGAGGAACAGGGAUAUCAGAAACGAGACGAAGAGUACCGGGGCGACGAUCAGUCUUGUGAGUAGAGGUUCAGGAACUGGGUUUGAUCCCGAAGCUGGUGGUUUGUUCGGUGGCAUCCUGAAUGGCAAGACCGCUGGCGGAAAGUCUGGUCAUCGAGCUCAGAAGCCUGAGGCGACAAAAGUGUGCUUUGUGUAGGCGCGAUCAGGUUGCCCUCCAGUCGAGACCACGAUGUUGUACAGUUCAAUAAUGGCUGCCUGGAUAUGGGCUGUGGUGCGAUGAAGGAUGAAGGGGACGAUUGGGAACGCGGGUCGCUUAGUCACCCAACCGUGAUGUCAGACCCGGAUCUGUUCAAGUUGUGCUGCACAAAAGGCAGCAAAUCAAAAGUGCUGGUUCAAUAGGGGACGUAUUCGUAUACCUAGGUAGACGACUUCAAGCGAACUAUGAGUAUGGGGCCGACGAGUAUCUUGAGUGUCGUUCAAGUCUCUCGGAUCUAUCGGAAAAUGUCAAGACCCAGUCCUAUAAUGCUGUCUUGCUCCUAGCCUUCGAUUUUCCGCAGUUGUGUAUUUAAAUGUAGCGACUCGGUGCGCACGUCGAAGCCAGCGCUGCAAAUACCACAAUUGUUCGAUCAUGACACUCUGGUCUACCUCAGGCAGUCAUAUACCGUCGCCGCGGUACCUACUGUUGGCUGACAGGGAGGAUGAAGCUCGAGCGGCUAUGGCUACUGCGUGUGCGGUCCGGUGCUGUUAAUAAACCCACAAUAUGCUCCCAGACAUCCAAAGAUGUGCCAUGGGCAGAAAACACCAUUUCAUGCCCCAACUGUCCCAACUCUUUCAGUCUCUUGUAGCUACCAGGUAACCAAUACAUAGAUUGCGAAGAAGAUGUUUUGACACCCAGAUUCUUUGUUGAAACAAUUGAGCUGCGCUUUAACCAGUGCGUGAAUUGGCG